AUUAAAAUUAAUGAAAUGACUUUGAUGGUCGCUUUAUGACUUUCUUUUUCGUUUCAUUGAACAUUUCAUUUUUUAUCUAUAAAAUCAGUACUAUCUUUGUACAUACACGUGAAUAAAUAAUUAUGAGCUUGGCUAUGGCGUUUGUGGACAUGUUCCCAGAGCAGAUGAAACCGUAUCUAAAAAUUAUCAGAAUGCAUGACCCUACACUGAAUGUGAUGGUAUUUUGGCCUACCGCCUGGUGUAUAGAACUGUCCAAUACAAGUAACUUGCCAAAUGUUUAUCUCCUGACGCUGUUCUUUCUUGAAUCAUUUAUUCUACACGGUGCAGGACUUAUUCUAAAUGAUAUAUUUGACAGAUCGAUUGACCGUCAGGUGAAGCGUACUCAAGGGCGACCAUUACUAACUGGAGAACUAUCAUUGACAAAAGCAAAAUGUUAUCUCGCCAUCCUUUUGUCAAUAGGAAUAUCAUUACUUUUGCAGUUUAAUUACAUAUGCCUCUGGCUUUUGACAAUGUGUGCAGUUAGUUCUACCAUUUAUCCGGUAUCAAAAAGAUUCAUGCAUUUCCCAGAGAUAGUACUAGGUAGGUAUACAUGUAUGAUAUGUAGCACUUUUCGCGGUAUACAUAUUCCCGCAAUUUUUUAAACCCGUGAAAAGUCACGUGUAACAAAUUUGUUUCACUUAAUUAGAUUAGCAGAAUAUUGAGCUACGCUUCAAUGAUAUAUACAGCACGGUAAAAUUUCCGUUCCCUCACAAUUAUAUCUCUAUAUAUUAGCUCGGAAAUAUAAUUUCCAAAAAAAAAUCCGUAUACGUACUUUCAAUGUGACACGUUCAUGACAUUCCAUGAAAACCGGUGUAUGGUCGUGCCCUUUACAAUGGACGGAACUAAAUAAAACGGAAUAAAAAGAUGAUCGGAAGUUAUGUAGUCUCAAUAUAACACUUAAGCUGCCAAAAUACAUGUUUAAAAAGCAGGCAUUAUAUCAUUACCCACGAAUAUACUAUCCAAAUGUGUCUUUCCUGGCCACUGACUUUUAAGUCACUUGUUUUUCACCAGGAGGGGAAAGGGGGGGGGGGGGCUCCAAUCCGCCAGGGACUUUUCUAUGGCUAGCUUGAAAAAAAAAUCGUUGGUUCUAUUCAGACACCCGCUUGUGCUUUAAAUUAUGCACGUAGUGGCACUUAACACGAACACAUUUAAUUAUUUAACAUAUUAUCUUUUAUCGGCGAGGUAUCUUAAAUUCUGAAGAUAGAUUCUUAUCCAUUUAACUUAUAUUUGAAGCUAAUUCUUUUCACGCUAGAUAGUCCAUAUUUUCUCCAAUUUCGAUUUCCUUGUAAUUUAAAUGGAUAAAAAACAUAUAACUAAGCAUUAACGUACCAUAAAAUAGUAAUUAUUUUGCGUUUUUUCCUCAUUUGAAAUUAUCACACGUGUUUUAUUUCAAAACAAUAGACAUUUCAAACUGUGUUGUUUACAUAAAAUAGUACCUCGCCGUCUUAUUUAUCAAGGAUUUACUUAAGAAAUACAUGCAUUAUUCAAAUCAAUGUAUUUUGUUCUAAUGUAACAAAAAUAGAUACGUUUCUUAUAUUUUGACGUAAUAUCAUAUGUAAAUCUACAAUUCAUGGUUAUCGAUUUGUGCUUAAACAAUAAACUGUACGUAUAUUCUUAGAGUAAAAAAUACAUUUUUUAUUUGUAUAUGCAUCGAGAAAAUGAUUAAAUUAGACUACAUCCUAUCUUCAUACAAUAUACUAUUUAAAAAAAGAAAGAUUUAACCACUGGUAUCAUAUCUAAAUAUCCUAUAAACACAUAUUGAGGAUAUUUGUUUGUUUGUUUGUGUGUAAGGUAAAAUUUCAUUACAUCGAGUGGGCUUUAAAAACAGUAUUCUCACGCGAGGCGUAGUCACGAGUGCACCAGUGAGAAUACUUUUUUUAAAAAUCCCGAGAUGAAAUAAAAAAACAUCUUACACAACUUAUAAAAAAACAAAUUUUCAUUUUAUUACAUACUUAAAAACAAGUUAAAACGAAAUUUCCUUAAUAAUAAAACCAGUUUUACCCACUGGUAGUCUAUAAGGUACAUGUAUUAGUCGAAGUUAAAAAUCUUAAAAUACAAGAAGUCUUGGGAUGAAAAAUAAGUUCCACAAUCAACUUCAAAUGGCGGUGAUAUCAUUCAUUUUAUUAAAAGAUAUGAAUUAUCGCUUGUUUUAAUAAUAAAAGCAAACACUUCUAGGAGAAAAUGUCCAACCAUCCAUCUAUAUUUCUGUUACUUACUGCGAAUUUAUAUUAAACCUGGCUUGAUGUAAUUUAAGCGGCCGCCAUUUUAAAAAGUUGUGUAUUUCACUGGAGUAAAAUAAUUGAGUUUGAUUCAUAGGGAUAUUAUUUAGAUUUGUUAGUCAUACACCUUUUUAAAAG